UGAAGAUGUUUAUACAGUACAUACUUGGUGCUAUUCUUCUGGUCCAGGCAUUUGGUCUGGAAUCUAGAAUUACUGAUGGACAAUCAGCAUUGCCACAUGAAUUUCCUUAUCAAGUAUCUGUUGCUUGGGGAGUUCCUCCAUUUUUAAAAUAUCGUCAUGUAUGUGGUGGAUCAAUUGUCAGUGAAUAUUGGGUAUUAACAGCUGGUCAUUGUGUUACUGAAAUACCAAAAAUUGGACGUCUUCAAGUACAAGCUGGUAAACAUAUUGUUAACAAACCUGAAGAAGGCCAACAAAAUCGUCAAGUUGGUCUUAAACUUGCUCAUCGACUUUACCCAGGUGGUGUUGCUCAACAUGACAUUGCUCUUUUACGCUUAAAAGAACCACUUGUUUUCAAUGAAUUUAUUCAGCCAGUUGCAUUACCAAAACCAAAUUACAAACAUCUUGGAAAAACAGUGUUGAGUGGUUGGGGUUCAACAUCAAAAAAAUUACUUCCAUCUAUGCCAAAAGAACUUCAAAAAGCUGAAAUUCCAAUUGUUGAUUUUGAUACUUGUUAUGAAUCAUUUUCUUCAGUUGGAGGUGAAUUUGAAUUAUUUGAUACACAAAUAUGUACUGGACCAAUUGGUGGUACUGUCUCAGCAUGCUCUGGUGAUUCUGGUGGUCCACUUGUUCAAUAUGAUGAAGAGGGUAAAGCUGAACAAGUUGGAAUUGUUUCAUGGGGAAUGUAUCCAUGUGGCAAAGCUGGUACACCAUCAGUUUACACACGUGUAUCGUCAUAUGUUGACUGGAUUGAAAAUAAACUUUUAAAUUAUUAAAUAAUUAAAUAAUAAAUAAU